GUGCAUAAAGGAGAUCUGAUGUGUUUUUGGGAGAAGACUGUUUAGUCAUUCAUCCACAAGGAGAAGAGAACUUAACAUGAUGACUUUUUGUCCAUGACAAGAUCAGGUGAUGAUCUUUAUUUUUCUUUUAAACAGAACUUCUUCCUCAUUCAAUAGAGGAACAUUUGGAGCGUUUACCCGUGUUUCUCAUUCGCUUAUUUGGAAUACAGUGGUUAUGAAGUGGGACGAGACCCAGGGCGAGUGGGUAUGAGGAUAUGAUUUUGAUAUGGACAGUGUGUGUUUGUGAGGUAGAGAUGGCCGCGCACCGGACCCUCAACCCGAGCUGCACCCCGGGCUCUCGUCAAAUGCUUCAGUUUGGAUAACACACCAGACACACACAUACACACACACACUCAUACAGGGAAAGGACCAUUUACAUAACACAAGAAAACCAAAGGUUGGAUUUACCCCAACAUCUCUCACAGGUGAAGCACCCUGAAGAAUCAAUAAGGGAAGGAAAACCCUAAGCUUUACCGUUAAAUCAUCCCAAAGAGAAAGAACAACAAGGAUGAGCGUGGGUCGGAUUGGUCGUUACAGUAUAGUGUCGACGGAGGAAGAUGCCCUGCGUUUAACCACCAUGCAUGGCGGAGGAAUAAACGGAUGCGGUAACGGCAAAAUCCACACUCGACGGAAAAGUCGCAAUCGUUUCGUGAAGAAAAAUGGACAGUGUAACGUGCAGUUCACCAAUAUGGACGAGAAAUCCCAGCGCUACCUGGCGGACAUAUUUACCACCUGCGUGGACAUCCGUUGGCGUUACAUGCUCGUGGUUUUCACGCUCGUCUUCGUUGUUUCCUGGCUAGCGUUUGGAUUGGCGUUUUGGGUUAUCGCGCUGCUCCACGGCGACCUAGACAACCCUGCGGGCGAUGACAACUUCACCCCGUGCGUGCUGCAGGUGAACGGCUUCAUCGCCGCCUUCCUGUUCUCCAUCGAGACGCAAACGUCCAUCGGUUAUGGUUUUCGUUGCGUGACGGAAGAGUGCCCGCUCGCCGUGUUUCUCGUCGUCUUCCAGUCGAUCGUAGGCAGCAUCAUCGACUGCUUCAUGAUCGGCGCAAUCAUGGCCAAAAUGGCAAGGCCCAAGAAGCGAGCGCAGACUCUUCUGUUCUCACGCAACGCCGUCAUCGCCUUGCGUGACGGAAAACUGUGUUUGAUGUGGCGAGUGGGUAACCUGCGAAAGAGUCACAUCGUAGAGGCUCACGUUCGGGCCCAACUCAUCAAACCUCGCGUUACGGCCGAAGGGGAGUACAUCCCGCUCGACCAGCUGGACAUAAAUGUCGGUUUCGAUAAAGGACUCGACCGAAUCUUCCUCGUUUCGCCACUUACCAUACUCCAUCAAAUCGACGAGGAUAGCCCGCUGUUUGGAGUCGCUAAGCAAGACCUGGAGACGGCAGAUUUCGAGAUCGUGGUGAUAUUGGAAGGCAUGGUGGAGGCAACCGCCAUGACGGCGCAGGCCCGGAGCUCGUACCUGGCCAGCGAGAUCCUGUGGGGUCAUCGGUUCGAGCCCAUCCUGUUCGAGGAGAAGAACCAAUACAAGGUCGACUACUCGCACUUCCACAAGACCUACGAGGUGCCCUCCACCCCUCGCUGCAGUGCCAAGGACAUGAUGGAAAAUAAGUACCUGGCCAUGCCCAGCGUCAACUCUUUCUGCUACGAGAACGAGCUGGCCAUUUUGAGCCACGAAGAGGACGAGGAUGAAGGUCUGGAGAGGAUAAAACCGGAGCGAGCGAUGAGCCUCAGCCCAGAGAGAAGCCCCAGACAUGACUUUGAACGGCUACAGAAUCCCCGCUGCGGGGAGCAAAGGUCGUACCGCAGGGAGUCGGAGAUAUGAACCUUUUUUGAUUCUCGUCAAACUUUGUUCCUGGAAAUACUCGAGUUACAACAAUGCAGAACAAUGCAAAGUGCCAUACAAAGAGAAAUGAGCAUGAAAGUGAAUGUAUUAAAGAGAGGAGAGCGUCUGGGUGCUGAAUGCAAGAGAGAGUCUUUUUAUCCUGCACGGAAAACUUGAAUCACGUCUUCGUUUUUCUUCUCACAAAACUAGCCGUUUAACUCUAAAUUUGUGUAAAUAAUAAUAUUUCUGCAUAGAUACAUGGUUUUGUGUGCAUUACUUUCUUCAAGAGAGAGAACAAAGUAUUACGUUUAGAAAGACGAUCAGCAUUUUUAUUUUUGCAUUCAAUCCGAGCACAAAUGACGAGCAAUGCCGGGACAAACUCUCCCGUGAGACGCAGACACACACUGAUCAGCGAGACAUGACAAAUUCCCCUUUAAAAGUGCACUACCUAGACAGACCAAAUGGACAAAGUGACCAGCUGAGCGUGAAUGAAUGUAUGUGUGUGUGUGAGUGUGUUUUGUGCAGCUGAGCACAAUGCCUCAUGUUAGACGCACAAGAAGAUAAAGUUACAAGCGCUCCUAUAACGACAACAACAUGCUCAUGUAAAUGCAUGAAACAGAGAUAUAUUUAGUUAGUUAGAUAGAUUAUGUAAAUGUUAAUAGUUUGCACCAUAUAACUGAAUAUAAUGGCAGAUCUUGAUGAGGAUAAUCAUAUCAUUUCAGCUUUGGUCCCUGAGAUUUGAUCUCUGUGUGAAUCCAGAUGAAAUGUUGACACGUGGCAGAUUUGGUAUACUCAACACAAACUGUGGUGCGAUUGCCCAUGUAUAGGUCAUUUUUUUACACAACCACAACAAAGUAAGCUUGGUAAGAAAAUCUAGUGUGAGGACAAUACUCGCAAACCGUUCCGAUGACAAAAUUUGAGCCACACGCACUAUAUGCUGAUCCUUGCAUAUGCGUAUAAAGUUAAGUAUACCCAGGCCUUAAGUGUGACGCUGCCACCCGAACCUUUGUGUGCACCAAAUAAACCAAAUUUUCAAACGGUGGUGGCUCAUGACUUCUUUUCCGAGGAGGCACGAAUGCGAAACUCGUCAAAACAUCAUCAUGUGUGUGGAUCGUCAUGUCAAAAUAUGUGUUCGGUGCUUCAUGUGAAUCUAUGUGCAUUGAGCGUUAUGUCAAAAUACAUGUCUGCUACAGACGCUUCGUAAGGGUUUAUGAUAAAAGAGAUGGUCGCUUUUGCUAGAUACUCACUUAACUCUUUCCCCGCCAUUGAUAAGUUAUCUCGUCAUUGAAGAGAAAACAUUUGCAUGAAAAAACAAGUUCCUGAUGAGUUUUUAUGGUUAUCUGUAAUACCGCGAUUAUCCACUGAAUGAUGCUCUUACCCAAUUUAUAAAAAAAACUGAAGCAAAAAAUUAUUUAUUAAAUUUACACAUGUAUGUUUUGAUAAUCAUUCAGAAUCUGAUCUCUAACAAAAUUCCUUCACAAAAAUGAAAUUAUUUUAGCUUUUUGUUAAAAAAAAAUAUUUUUUAAGAAAAAUACUAAUAUUUAAGAGUUUAUAAAUGGAGGAAAAAUAUAGAUAGGAUGAAACUUGUUUGUUUGUUUGUUUGAAAGCAGAGGGUAUUUUCUUUCAUUUGAUAUAUUUGUAUGUUUAUAUAUUUUUAGAAGAAAAUUUUCCUGGAAGGCAUUUUGUGAAAAUCUCAAAAAAGCUGGCGGGCAACUUUUCAAAAAAGGCUGUCAGGAAAUGAGUUAAUCUCAUGUGUAAUCAGCGUUUUAAGUAAGUGUUUUGCAAGAGGCAAGCGACUCAUUUAUCAUAAACCCCUUUCAACGUGUAUGCAGCAGGCAUGUAUUUUGACAUGACACGCAAUGCACAUAGGUUCCCAUGACGCACUGAACACAUAUUUUGUUUUUUUUUGCUUCUUUGAAAGAUGAGGCACUGCUUUCAAACGCACUCUGGUGAAGUUCGACGGAAAUGUGAACACAACACGGACCAAAGACAUGAAAACAAACUAAAAACAGUAAAAGAUAACAAGAUGUUAGCCCAAAAACUACACAAUAUGUAUACAGUAAAAUUCCUGGUGCUGUUUUGACUCUUUUAAACAUUUUAUAAGCUCUUCGCAAGUUUUUUGUUAAAGGGACAGUAAGUAGGAUUUUCCCCCAUCUAGUGGUGAAAUUUUAUUUUGCAUUCAAACGAAUAGUGCUCUCUAGCGCCUCGCUUUUCCAAAUGCGUGUUGCAACUAUGGUAGCUGUUAUGUACUCGCUGAUCUCCUUGUUCACGUGUUCUGAAUGAAAACGCGUUGUGGAAACGCAUUGGUAGGCUAGUGCUUUUUGUCCCUCUCUGCUAUUAUAGUUUAUCAAUAUGGCGGAACGACAUGGAAGCCUUCUUGGACUUACGCGUUCAAUGUAAAUAAAGAGAAGAAAUUCUAAGCUUCCAAAGAAAAGUCAGAUCACUGGCAGAGGUCAUUUGACACCAACGAGGAGAUAUUUAUGAAUAAAGACAUUGAUUUUGACUAAUAAAAUACUUAAAAUCCUAUUUAUUGUCCCUUUAAUAAAAAAACCCUUAUAUACACGCAUACAAUGAGAGAGUUUAGCGUAGUACACAGCAUUGUUUUGGAUGGUCUGCAAAAUAUACAUCAUAAAAGCUGACCAGUCAGGUUGUGACUUUAACCAUAUGCAUUUAGAUUCAGUUCACCGUUUUAAAUACCAGUGUGAACGCUAAGCGAACUGGGAACUAAUAUUGAUUUUCUUUUUGGUCCAGUGUGAACACGACCUAAUACUUCUGUCAUUUCAACUUCCCAACAACCAAAAUCUGAAUCUGAUUCUGCCAACAUAUUAUCUAAAAAAAAUGCGUGAAAAAAUGAUUUGUGAAUGAUUUUAGGGAAUCAGUGUUCAGGGUUCAGUACAACAAUAAUCAACACAAAAUAAUUUUGACUAAAAAACGAACAAAAACUGUUUACAGAAAUGCACUUACAAUGAAAGUCUAUGGAGAGCUGUAAUGUUUUAAAACUGAAUCACACACAGGCUGUAUUUUAACUCUUGGCAUCCAUCUAACCUUUAUAUUUUUACUGGUAUGUGCAAAGAUAGCAGAAAUGGACUGUUUACAAAGAGAAAAGUCCACCCACAGGAAUUCACAUUGGUACAGUAAUGCACAACAUCCAACUAAAACAACAACAACAGUCCUUCAGAUUGCCUCACACUUUUAUUUAUUUUCAGUGAUAAUAGACAGUACUGUACUGUAUGUCAGUGUGUAUUUAAUAUUCAGACUCUAUGACUGAAUAGAUGCUGCAUAGCACUUCUGUCUGUCUGUCUGUCUGUUUGAUAUGAAUGAAUGUCACACUUAAUAAGCAAUAAUCUAACAAAUCCUAGCAAUAUAUGAUGUGUGAUCAAACAACAAAAAACACUUCAAUUAAACUGGUAUGAAAUGAAUCAAUGAAUUUUUGAAUGAGUUCAUGAUUGGUUAGAUUGUUUUAUGAAAAAAAGGAAACUAAAAAGGUUAAAUUUGCUUCUGAUGUUCACUUUUAUCCCAAAGUCUUUUAUAUGAGAUUGUACCACAGCUCACAUGUCAACACAUCAACUGAUUCCCUCUUAUUAUGUAUACAGCGCUAAGCAGAAGCAGGUGCUCAAUGUACUUAUAUAUUUUUGUACAUAAGUAAUUAGCAAUGAAAAGAAUGAUAAAGUUUAUGUCAAGCUCAUUUCAUGUAUGAUUAAAUAAAAGGAAAGACGGGUGAAUUGUACUGGGGAGUUUCAUUGUUGCAACAAAUGCAAAUGAUCAUAUAAGAGUAACUGGAGGUUUAUUAUUCAUAAAAACAUCAUCAUCAUCUCUGAGAUCAGAUCCAUUUGAAGACGGUUUAUAAAAUGGCAAUGCUAACAAUAGAUUUGUUGAUGGUCUGUUGAUGUCUACUGGCAAACAAACUGUGGACAUAACUAAAGUGUAAUAAUGUGUGAUCAACUGUCUCAUGUUCAGCCUUAAAACCCUCCAAAAUCCCAAAAUGUACUGUCAGAAAGAAUGGUCAAAAUAUAUACCCCUGCUAUUACUGGGGUGGGACCCUUUCAGUAAAGUAAAAGUACCUAAGAGUUCAUAUUAAUUUUAAACAUAUUUAAAAAAAAUGGCUUAAAAUAUAUAUGCAUAUUAACACAAAAGUUGUAAAUAUACAUCUAUAUUUUACAUGAAUACAGGACAAAACAACAAGUGAAAGAGGAUAUUGAGAUGUACAUGAUAUGUGCUGAGCGUGACAUACAGUAAAUAUAAAUGAUUACACAACUUAGCAAAACCACCAGAACUGACUUCAGUAUAAAAGAGCGCCACCUGCUGAUGAAGUUAUGUGAGUUUAUUCAUCUUCACCUGCAGCACAUUUCUGCUUUUCAAGCAAUUACAGGGAAUCAUUGUCCUUUGUUAUUUAUUAGAUUAAGUUAGAUCACAUGUCUUUAAAAAUACUGAAAUCAAGUUUUAUUGCAUGAAAACAGAACAACACAUUUUCAUGUAUUUCACAUUACUGUAAAAGUGACUGGGAACUAGUUUAUUAUUUAUAUUUGUA